AUGGGAAAGGAAAGCGAGUUUAAAAAGCAUUUUGCGAUUUAUCGCCAAUCUCGUGAUUUUCUCGCGAGGCUCCGUGAUUUCAAGCAAUCUUUCGAUCCUGAAACACAGGUUGAGCAGGCGCUUGCUAGAAUUGAGGCAUUAGAUAGUACUUAUGAGCGUUUUCGUGAAUGCUCCUGCAUCUUAGAAGUACUCAUUGACGGAAAAUCAAUGGAAGGUUUGAACAUUGUAGAAGACUUGGCCGCCUUCGAAAAUGAUUAUUUUAUGCUUAAGGCAUUUCUAGCAUCUGUUUCCGCGAAACGCGAAACUGGAAAUGUACAACCGACCCAAGUGCAGUCAAUUCGUUCGUUCAAGUUACCAGAGAUCAAGCUCCCGGAGUUUAGCGGAGAUAUUCUAAAGUGGUUUUCAUUCUACGACAGUUUCGUAUCGUUAGUGCAUAAUAAUUGCGAUCUUUCGGAAGUACAGAAGUUUUUCUAUUUAAAGUCAACGUUAAAGGGUGAAGCGCUGAAGUUAGUGGAAAAGAUAUCAGUUACUGAUGGCAACUAUUCGAUUGCAUUGAAAGUCAUUACAGAUAGAUACCAGAACACGAAUAUUCUAAUACGAAAUCAUAUAGAAGCACUGUUCAAGGUAGAUAAGGUAAAAAAGGAAUGCCCUAGAGCAUUGAGCUAUCUGGUAGGUGAGUUCGAAAAUAACUUGGGAACUUUGGAGAAGUUAGGUGAAGAGGUGUCAGGAUGGAGUUCGUUGUUGGUUUAUAUGGUCUCGUCGCGACUGGACCAGACCACAUUUCGUGAGUGGCAGAGAGCUGCCGAGAAGAAACGGAUGCCGACGUAUAAUGAACUAAUUGCUUUUCUUCGGGAGUACGUUAUCGAACUUGAAAGCCUACAGGCAGAUAGGAAUACGCACGAUUCAAGAUCAUUUAUUCAAAAUUCAACACCCGCAAUCGCUUCUGAACCCAAGGAUGUAUGCGCCUUUUGUGGAAAGGGUCACCGACUAUAUUAUUGUGAACAGUUCAAGCACUUACCGUUAGCCCAACGAUCAACCAUUGUAUCGAAGGCUGGGCUUUGCGUCAAUUGUCUUUUUGGAAAGCAUUCAUUCGCCAAUUGCAAGUAUGGUACGUGUAAAGAAUGCGGGGCAAAACAUCACACGCUAUUACAUAAUCCGAUCACAGAUUCUCCAUCUUCUUCCGGUACUGGACCUGCGAUUUCAAACGUUGUUGUUCAGGCCAAGUCUGGAAGUCAUUCGUUCUUCACGUGUGAUGCCGACAAAUUACACUCGGCGACGUCUCGUUUCGGCCAUUCUUUCGGCAGUCAAAUUUUUCUUGCUACUGCAGUCGUUAAAGUGUUUAAUCCUAAGGGAAAUUCGUUUCUCGCUCGGGUGUUGCUAGAUAGCGCUUCGCAACCGAAUCUUAUGACAGAAAGAUUCCGUCAACUUUUGAAAACGCGUAAGACACCAAAUAACACAGAGAUAGCUGGAAUUGGUGGUGAUGUUGCUGCUGUGGCUAGCUGUUCGACCGUGGCUACCGUGGCAUCCCGCUUUAAUAAUUUUCGUGUUCCGCUGGAGUUCAUCGUUAUGGAGAAGGUUACCAAUGAUUUGCCAUCAUGGACAGUCGAUUCGAGCGAUUGGGUCAUUCCAGACAAUAUUCGUCUAGCAGAUCCCUCUUUUGCUACAAAGGGUCCAAUUGAUAUCGUUAUUGGAGCGCAGUUGUUUUUUGAACUUAUUCGAAACGGUCAUAUGAAGAUCGGUGAUGAUAAGCCGUUGCUCCAAAAUUCGGUCUUUGGUUGGCUUGUAUCUGGUUUGCAUCAGAAUGGAAUUACUGGAGCACAACCUCAAGUUCAUAGUCAUUUGUCCACAUUUCGUGACUUAGAGCAACGCAUUAGUCGAUUUUGGGAACUCGAAGCGUGUCAAUCUAAUUCUUCUUGGUCGAUGGAGGAAAGGUUGUGCGAAGCAAAAUUUGUAUCCUCAACGCGUAGAGAUCAUAACGGACGAUAUGUUGUAUCAUUACCCAAGAAAACCGAGCUAGUUGGUCAGCUGGGACACUCAUUAUCCAUCGUCACACGUCGCUUUUACUGUCUUGAGCGCCGUUUGAAUAGCAAUCCGGAAUUUCACGCACAAUAUUCGCAAUUCAUGACCGAAUACUUGGAAUUGGGUCACAUGAAGCUGGUCGAUCCAGUCGACAAUUUACCAGGGCAACACUUCUAUUUACCACAUCAUGCUGUUUUCAAGCCGGAUAGCACAACUACGAAGCUGCGAGUAGUAUUCGACGGUUCCUGCAAAACUACUUCUGGUUUUGGUCUCAACGACUUGUUGUUAAAGGGUCCUACUGUACAAGACGAUAUGAUUCAUACGAUUCUCCGUUUCCGUGCAAAGGCAAUUGUUGUUACAGCUGAUAUAGCAAAGAUGUAUCGUCAGAUCUGGAUUACAAAGGAAGAUUGGCCACUGCAAAGAAUUUUAUGGCGAACUUCACCAUCAGAGCCUAUUCGCACAUAUGAACUCACUACCGUUACGUACGGUACAACGACAGCUCCGUAUUUAGCAACACGUUGUCUCCAGCAACUGGCAGAUGAUGAAGCAACUAACUUUCCGUUAGCAGUGCCCGUCGUGAAGAAGGGUUUCUACGUAGAUGACCUAAUGUUCGGUUUUGAUACUCCAGAGGAAGCAGCAGCUGCAUCAAACGAAACGUCAAAGAUGUUGGCUUCGGCAGGUUUUGAACUUCGUAAAUGGUCUUCAAAUUGUCCAGAAGUAUUGGCACAAUUUCCCGACGAACACAUAGAAAAAUCAGCUAUCUUAGAGUUGGAUCGCACAGCUACAGUUAAGGCACUCGGAUUGCUAUGGAAACCAGAGUCCGAUGAAUUUCUUUUCAAAAUUCCAGAAUGGCCUGAAGUGUCUUCGUCGACUAAACGAAAUAUAUUAUCACACGUUUGUAGUCUAUUUGAUCCAUUGGGUUUGAUUUGUCCCGUUAUACUGCUUGCUAAGAUACUUAUACAAAGUCUCUGGGAGCGCAAUUUUGCCUGGGACGACCCUGUGCCGAAUGAUUUGGAUGAUAAAUGGAAAGAGAUAGCUCGACAACUGCCAAUGCUCAAACAUCUCGCGAUUCCUCGUUUCAUACUAACCGACAAGUAUCCUGCUCUAUUCUCGCGUGCCUUCACCACUGAAGGCUCUCCAGAAUACUCCCGCCAGUCAGCAGUAGCAGUUAGUCUAUCUCGGUCGCACAGUCGGCUGCUGGACAUCAACAACCACGCGACACACCAUUCCACCGUCACCACUGCUCCACUUCACGCCACUGUCGAACAACUUCAACAGAUCAGAAGAAGCGACAGGCAGAAAAAAUUUAAUGGGUACUUACCUCGCGUGCCAUCGUCGACUACCGUCAGUCGUGUAUUGAUUUUCCCGGCGUUCAGACGUACGCCGUGUGCCCUCCGCGUCAACCAGUUGUGUGCAUAG